AUGAUGCCGCAGAACUCCCCUAAAAGCGCAUCGCAGCUGGUAUCUCUCGGGGGUCUGGGCAGACCAGCCGACUCGGGGUGUCUCUCGGCAGAUCGUGACCCAGCUGGCGGUGGGGAAGGAAGCCCUGCUGGCCCAGGAGGUGGGCGCGCUGCUGGCUGGCCUGGCACCGCAGGGAGAGUCUGCAUGUUCAUAGAGGAGAGCAGCCUGGGCCGACAGUACUGGAGGCAGAACCUGGCCCCGCUGCUGCAGCGCCUGGCCACCACCUUGCGCUGGGUACUGCAGAGCCAGCCUGCACCUGGCGGUACGUGGGACUACUUGGUCAUCAAGGUAAGAGCUAAAUUUCAGAGAGCGGGAAGGAUCAGUCCCUACAAGGAAUGGCCGGGCACUGGCAGCGAUGUCCAGGAGGGAUGUAACACACAGAGCCACUUCGAAUGGCCAUCCCUGGGGAAUCGCUGCAUUUUCAGAGGCCUGCCUCCAGCUCUUCCAGGCGCUGCCGAAGGACGUGGCCCCCCUGGUGUGGAGCACGGCGGGGAAGAGCGAGACCCUGCAGAGCCUGUUGGGAUUGCUGCUAGAGGUGGCGUGGGGGAAGGCGCGGGGGAGCUGAAGUUUGGGGAGCUGGCGGUGGAAGCCCCUCCUGUCCUGGAGCCAGAUGGGCUGGAGAAGCUGGUGCUCACUAGAGGUUUGCUGACAUGCUGCAGGACGGACAUCCUUAGCUGCCAGCUGGAGAGCUUCACCCACAAGGCCUGCCUGCUGCUGGACGUGGUCUUUCCCGCUGUGUGUGCCUUGACCAAGGAGCAGAAGGACUGCCACUACUACUGCUUCCAAGCCUGUGCCCUGUGGCUGCAGCGCCUGCAGGAGAGCCUGCCUGCCGUCUGGCACCUGACAGGGACCCGCAUCCUGGCCCAGGACACCGAGCUGCUCCAGCAGCUCACUCGGCUGGUGUGGGACAACGCCGAGACCCCGGUAAGGCUGGGGUUGCCGAAGGCCUGUGCCACGGUAGCCAGAAACAGCCCUUCCUUCAUGCGGCUCAAGCUACCGUUCCCCUGCCCAUAG